CUGAGUAACUGCAUGUGAACCGUGCUGGAAAGUGUUAUUUUAAGGAAUCUUUUUCCUUAUCAUGGAGGGCCCAUAGGUAACUCAUCUUCUCAACGAUAUGGAUCAAACUCAUAGUGACGAUAACAACAAGAGCUACACAUCAGAGCCGGACUCCAAAACUCCUGAAAACUUGGACAGCCCACAGUUCCAGGAAGUAGUGCAAGCUUUCACCGUUGAAAAAGAAUUGCUGGAGAAACGGCACCAAGAAGAAAUGGAAAAACUAAAAGAUAACUUCUCAAAAAAGAAGGCUGUUUUUUCUGAAAGUGGAGAAAGUGGUUCGAACCAUGAUCACAAUAGUACUGCACUGAAACAGACAGAAUAUGGUCACCAUAACAACAAUGGCUUAAGUUCUGUUUUCCAAAAUGGAGAUAACCACGGCGCAAGCCAGUCGCAGGGUCAACACUCCCGUUUCCCUGGUCCUGGUGGUGUGCCGAACGCUGGCAGAUCAACUGAUUUACCAUUUUAUUUUAAUCCAAAUUCUGGCCAGUUACCCUUCGCUGAAACUGGUGCGACCAACUCUCGUCCUCAGGCGAUGAUGAAUGGUUUCUCCGGAAAUCCGGGGAAUGUUGGUAGAGAAAUAGGUAUGAUGAAUGGAGGACCUUCUCACGAAAGCAAUACACCAUCAUGGGGUCACACUGGUCAAAAUCACCCGUAUAAUGGUAUUAAUGCACCACAUGGUAAUCCAAACCUAAAUGGCACCUUAUAUCGACCGUACGGUGCAACAAAUGGAUAUCACACUGAACUGCCUGUCCACCCGACGUCCUCGUGGAAUCCAACUUUCUACACCCAUAAUUUUUUCCCCACUAGAGAAGACGCUGCCGUCAAAAAUCCAAGCCGUGUAAGUCUUGGACUAAUGAAUAGCCCUUCGAUGAGAGUAAACACUGAUAACCUGGCAAGUCAGAUCAGACCUGAUCUUGAUCUGGAAGACAGACUGGAACAACAGCAGGAGUUAUUGCAACAACAAUUUGCGGAGGAGAAGAUACAAAUAAGACAGGUUGUCCAGGAGGAAUUUACAAGAAAAUUUGAAGUUGAAAAACGGAAGCACGAGGAGGUUAUUAGCAGUUUUCAAAAGACAACUUUAGACUUGGAAUAUCAAAAAAAAGAGAUAGAAGUGAAAAUUAGACAUGAACGGGAAUCUUUGGAGUUGAAAUUCGAAACCCAACGAACUGAAUAUGAGCGAAAGUGUCGCAAACAGAUGGAAGAAUAUCGAGGGAAAAGAGAGGCGAAAUACGAAGCGGAAAUUACUCAACAGAAACAAACCUAUGAAGGAAUGAUUGAAAAACUUAAGAAGGAUAUUCAAUCCUUAACGUUGCAAAUUGAGGAACAAAAUGAAAAUUUGAAGGUUGAAAAAGACAACGUUGUUGCAGCAUUCGAGAAAGAAAUUAAGGAAUUCAAAGAAAGAGUGAGAUUGGAAAACGAUAAGACUGACUCAGAGAUUGUAGUCAAACUGAAUAGUGAAAUAAGUUUAUUGGUGUCUGUGAAUAAAAGUCUUCGUGAGGAAAUUGAUAUGAAGGAACGCGAGAAACAGGAAUUGGAAAUGUUCAUGAAAGAAGAACGGAGCAGAACUGAGUUGCAUUAUGAAAAGCAGAUUACUCAGAUCGAGUCGCAUUUUGAGGCGGAAAAACGGAUGCUUUUGGCUCAAUACGAAGAAAAAGUUGCACUUCUUUUUAAAAAGGAAACAUCGCAGAAAUCAAUCGAGGAAAUCAGCGCGAUAAAAAAGGAGAAUGAAACUUUGAAGGAAAUUGUUGAAAAUAGCUACAAAAUGGAACAUGAAGCAUCUUUAGAGCGAGAUAGAAUAAUGGAAAGUUUAAUCGAAGAAAAAAAUCUGUUGCAGGAGCAGCUGGAGGUGUUUAUUGCUAAACAACAGAGUGACGAAUUUUAUAGCAGAGAAGACUUUGAGAAGUUAAUGUUUGUUUCUCAAAAUGAACUGAAGGAAUCCCGAGAAUUUUCAGAAAAAAUUAAAAGAGAAUUAAAAGACGUUCAAGAAGAAAAGAAUGCGCUGGUCGCGAAAGUUGAAGGUUUAUUUAGUGAAAUCAGUGAAUUAAAGAAAGUAAAUACGAACGCAAGCGCUACAAAUGAUGAAAAAAAUAAACUAUUAAAUGAAGUUUCUCAUUUAAAAGAAGAGGUCGAUAAACUCUCUAGAGAUUUGCAGGAAAAAGGUCGAAAAGAGAUUUUGUUAAAAGAAAACUUGAAUAAAGUUGAAGAUUGUUUGCACAAUAAAGAAACUGAAAACACACAGUUGAAGCUCGAAAGAAUGGAAACACAGAACAAGUUAGCAAUUCUUGAAAGACAAACGAACGAUCUUAACGAUGAUUUAUCCUCAAUUAGAAGACAAAAGGUGGAACUCGAGGAAGAGAAUUGCAAUUUAAAGAAAGAGAAAUCGAGCGUUGAUGGACGGUUACAUGUCUUCGAGACAACUAAUAAUGAUUUGCUCCAGGAUAUUCAAAAAGCUAAACAGAAAACUUCACAAUUUGAAGACGAGCUUACGGCUUUGAAAGUGGAAAAACUUGAACUACAGCAGCAAAUACGACUACGUAAAAUGCAAGAAACCAACUUCGAUGAGGUCACUCAGAGACUGAAGACACAAACUCUGAAUGCAGUUAGUGAUAGCGAUACUAGCGGGUCACUUUUAACAAGCACUGAUGAAGCAGCUGGAAGAGAUCAUAAAAAACGAUCUAGAAGAAAAUCGGGUUUGGAAAAAGAAAUCUCCAAGUUGAAACGCGAGAAAGCCGAAUACGAAUUAAGAGUUGAACGAUUGAGAUUGGAUGUAGAAACGUUGGAACGAGAGGCUCUAAAACAAAUUGAACACAACAGGGCAGUCUCGGCAGAAUUUAUCUCUGCGAAGAAAGAUAUAGAAAAACAAAUGGAGGAUCUCAAAAGUGAAAAAGAGGCUUUAAAAGCUUCCAUUAUUAAGGUUCAACAUGAAGAGGAAGGUGUCAAGAACAGUAUGAAUAUUUUAGAACAACAAAAAAGAGAACUAGCACACGGUGUGAAUUUUCUCCGUGAAGAAGAACAACGCAUAAGGCAUACCAGUGAAGAACAGACAGAACGAAUGUCUGAGGAUCUUGAAAAGAAGAUUCAAGUGCUUCAACGAAGGAUUUCAGAGUUAGAAUCAAACAAGAGGGAAUUGCAAGACGAAGUUGAGAAGUUGGAACAAAAUGAAACAUCGUUGCGUUGCAAUAUUGAGGAGUUACAACAUGAAAGUCAAUUGUUGUCGCAACGUAUUUCACAGAUGAAAGAAUCCGUGUUGGAUGUUGGAAGAAAAAGAGUUUCUUUAGUUGAAGAUAAGGUGGCAGAAGAGACGUCGUCAUUAGGCCUCAAUGAUGUAAUGGAUGAGAUUACAAAGUUACGACGAGAGCGUGACGACUUAAUCCGAAACGUGAGCGAACUGGAGCGAAAACAAACGAAUCUGGACAUUAGUGUCGAGAGCGCAGAGAAAAAUCGCCUCGUUUGCGAGCGGGAUAUAAAUGCUCUUUCUCGGAAACGAACAGAAUUAGAAUCCGUCGUUUUUACAUUAAGAAAUGAAAAAAUAGAUCUUGAGGGAAGGUCGAACGAGCUGUCGGCGACCAGUAUCGAGGACGCCACGAAUGCUCAGCGAAAGGAGAUCGAAAUUCUCCGAAAUGAGCUCGAGAUAACACGAGAAAGUUGUGAAGAUAUUCGAUCCAUGUAUCAUUCCGUUAGGAAUGAGGGAAAUAGCAAGGUUGAAGUAGUUGAGACGGAGCUUCGUUUAGCAGAAGAUAACUUGAUGCGUUUGAAACGAGAGCGACUGGAACUAGAGAAGACCAUUUCAACUUUACUACGUCAAAAGACUGAACUCGAGUCAGAAGUAGCAUUGAUCGUGGAUUCGAAAUAUCGCGAGGACAGAGACACUAAUGUUCUGCGCGAGGAGCGUCUUACCCUUGAUACUGAGCUAGUCAGACUUCGAAGUCAAAUUUCCGAACUUCGUUUAAUGUUAUCAAAUCUCGAGGAUACUAAAGCCUUUACUCAGCGUGAACUCAGGGACCUGGACGCUAGAAAAGAGCGAGUGGAUAGCUACGUCUCCGGAGUGGAAGCAAAAUUUCUGAUUGGUCAAAAAUCGCCAGUUUCCUGGAAUAUUAGUCCGCCAAAGGAGUAUAUAUUGACCCCAAGAGAUGACUUGGAAAAACAAGUUUUGGAACUAAGAGAACAAAAGUUGUCGUUAGAAACUGAUUUAUUUAAGCUGCGCAGGAAGUCUGGGGACGGAAUUGAUACAAGAAGCUGUGCACAUGGGUAUCACGAAAGCACUCUAGGGCAACCCAGGGUGAAUGUAGGUUAUAAUGGUAAAACCGGUGAUUUUGUGGGACAAUAUAGACACGACCAGAAUCUAGGAUUACAGCAGGACAUUCAGGGACUAGCUGAAAGAAAGUUGCAACUCUCAAGUGAAGUUCAAGAAAUGCAGGUGAAGAAAACAGAUUUGGACACGCAGAUCACAAACUUAGAGUACCGGAAACUUGGCUUGGAGCAAUCUGGAAGACUUGUGACAAGACGGGAAGCUGAGGGAUUGCCAGAGCAAUCUGAACGCCUUGUAACAAGAUGGGAAAGCGAAGGUUUUGUAGACGAAUCUGAAGGACUGGCAGCAAACCAGAGAAAUGACAGUUUAGAGCGCUCAGGGAGUGUGACAACAAAGCUGGAAAAUGAAAACUCUGAAUUCAGGAUUGCUGAAAAUCUUAGUGAAGAAUAUUCAGUCAAGAUGGACUUUGUCAACUAUAGUGUUGAGCAAAUGCAAGAACUAAGGCAGAAAAACACAAGUCUGGAAGAAAAACUGAGUGCAUUGGAAAAUCGUUUACAUGACGCCAAAUAUGAUAUGGAACAACAGACACUAGAAUAUUUAAAAGAAUUGAAAUUGGUGCAAAAUGCGCUUGUCUCCCAGCAACAAAGCGAGUCAGGACAGCAACAACAUCUUGGAGUCAUUGUUGAACGAUUAAACAAUUUUAUUGAAGAAUCGCAAUUUGCAGAGACCGACCAACUUUAUGAGGAUAUUAGAAUGGAAAUUAGAGAUCUUAAUAGCAAGGUGGAAUCAAACAGUCAUAAAAUGAGAGCAAUGCAAGAAAAGAAUUUGAAAACGGAUGAAAAUUCGCUAGAAUUCAGGGAAGGCACAUGUUCUGUGGAUGAAAUAUGCGGGCAUAUUCAAGAUGCUGAAUGGAACAUGGAACGUUAUAAUGAAGUAGUUUCUCAUUUACAACAAGAAAAUACAGACCUAACUGAAGUUGUUGAAAGGUUGGAAAAACGACUUACUUUGGCAGGGAAAUCUCAUGAAAUAUUAAAAAGAAAGAAAGUGAUCUUACAGCAACUUUUAGAAACGGUCAGUGUUAAAACUGGCGAGGAUCUUAUACAACAAUCAAAAUUGAUUUUUGAGCUUGAUAAAGAUACGGCGAUAUAGAGAUGACAAAAAGUACUGUCUAUAUUGUUGGUUCGCAAAUCAUAAAAUGUAUUUUCCACUAUAUGUCUAUAUCAAAUUGGGGGAAUAGAAAAACAUGGUAAAACAUACACGAGUGUUAACACACAACGCUGCCAUCCGCGAGCUGUCAAGAAUAAUAAUCUUUCUAAUCGCUGGAAGGAAGAAGAUUCGUGAACAGAAGGUUUGAACAAAGAAAGAACCCGGGCGUCU